UAGCAACUUAGCACAGCGGGGGACCGAGCAGCCGCGCCUGCUGUUUUCGUCGUUGCGUCGAAAGCGCCAGUCAUUCAAAUCCCACGUUUCGCCUCAUCGAAAUGUGGACUUUCUGAGCAAAUAACAAAUGUUACCCCCAGCUGUGUAAGUCACACCCCGUAAACGGACAGCUCUCGCGCACCAUGUCGGCCAAUGACGAGGAUUAUACCUUUGACCAGUAUGACAAGCCCGGAACGGAGCGUUCACGCAGGAGGAGGGGUGAAGACGACGAUUUAGAGAGUGACUUGGAGGAAGAUUUGUUAGAAGAAUUUUCACCGUCGGGUAAGAAGAAUCUUUCUGAAGAUGAGGAUGAAGAGCUGAAUGAUGCUCUUCUACAGAGUGAUGAGGAGGAAGACAUGAGUGGUCAGGAAGUAAGCCUCAACGCCACGUACAGCUUCGACCAGGAAGGGAACGUGCAGGAUUACUCGGAAGAUGCUGUCAACCUGGGUACCGAUGACUACGAGGACGUGGGCCUGGAGCCGGGUUACCCGCAGGACGAAGGGGACGAGGAGUAUGUGGAGGACUACACCCGGGAUGAUGUGCACGAAGAGGGUUACAUCACAGAAGAAGUGCUCGACAUACAAAUCAAUGAGCCCAUCGAUGGAGAAUGUCAGGACAAUGAAUACCAAACAUAUGAGGACGAAGGAGGAGUCGAGCAGGAAGUGGCCCCCGAGGAGGAGAAUUUGGGGGAUGAACAGCAGCAAGCAGCGGAAGACUCCCAGGUCUUUGAAAUAGAAGAGAUUGAAAAUAAAGCCAUGCCUGAAGAAGAACCAAAGGAGGACUCGGAUGACGACGACGACGAAGAUGGAGACUCUGGUCGUAUUCGCUUCAAGUCAGAGAGAAAGGACGGCGGUAUUGUGCGCUUGGCUGAUGCAGGCAAUAAGCGGAGGAAUAUCCCCGAAACACUAGAACUGUCAGAGAAGGCCAAAAGAGAUCUCAUAGAGUAUGAGGAACAAGAACAGCAGAAACGUCAAAAUCGGUACGGAGGCCGAGGAGGAAGAGGCGUAGGCUACGCUGGAUUUGGAAUGCACAACAUGAGAGGAGGAAACAGAGGAAGGAUGAACAACCACAGCUUCCACCAAAGGGGCAACAUGGGAAUGCGGUCCUCUCGAAUGCCUCUCCUCCGUCUUCACCAUCAGCAGCAGCAUCGCCACCCUUUGUCCCGGCUGCGGGGACCCCACCCUUUCCAAGAGCACAGGCGACCGCACGUACAGCAGCCCCCGCAGCCCCUCAUCCCGCCGCACAUGACCCACCGCACACCGCCGCUGCAGCCACAGAUGGAGCCGCCGCCGCGACUGAUGGGCUCCCCGCCGCCAGGUUUCAUCCAUCACCACAACCAACAUCAGCAGCAGCAGCAGCAACAACAGCAGCAGCAGCAGCAACCCCCGCAACCUAAAAACAUCCACAUUAACCCCCAUUUCAAAGGCUCAGCACCAUCCUCUGUGCCAGUGCCCUUGAUGCCUCCUGCUCCGAGCCAGCCUAGGCCUGCUGUGGGUCCUCAAAGGUUUCCUGGACCUGGAGACUUCCAUCAGCACAUGCCAAAUAAUUUUGGUCAGCCCCAGCGGCCACCUCAUCACAUGGAGCCCUUCAGGAACCAGUCACAUCAAGGCCCCCAGGACAGAGAGCCCCUCUUUAUGGGAGGCCCAGAACGCAAAGAUCUGACAAGCUUUCCAGGGCAGCUCAUGUUUGAUCAUCAGGGCCCCAACCCGCUCAUGAACGCCAACCUGCAUCAGCAGCAAAUGCCUGCUCAGGUCCACCUGGGUUUUGGCCUACCAGGACCGGCCUUCGGCCAGCCGGGCCCACAGGGACCACUCGGACUGUUCUCUAGAGAGCCGCCGAGACCCAGCCUCCCCACUCCCCAAGGCCACCAGGGUAUGGUUGGCUUGAAUCAACAAGGUCCCCCACCCAACCAGUCCAGACCCUUCAUGAACCCUCGUCAGCCCUUCAGUCAGCAGGGGAUCCUUUUCCCCCCGCCGCAAGCCCAAUUUGGCAUUCAGGGCUUAAUACAUGGGCCCCCUCAGCCUACGCACCAGGACCCACUCCCUACCCAUCAACCCAUCCACCAACAGCACCAUAGGCAGGAGCUCCUCCAUCAUCAGCCACAGCAACAGCUAAACCUCAACGAGCCUCCUCACUUGUUGCACCACGGACAGAAUCUCUUCCAGCAACAGCCGUCGCACGGCAGUCCGAGACAGUCAGGUCCCCGUCUCCAAAACCUACAACAACGCAACAUGGCCAACAGGCAAAGGAUGAACACACCUGCUCCCAAGCAAAUCCACCCUCAGCGCAACUGCAACCUACGGGAGCUCCCUGUAGCACCUGGCAACGCAAACAUGAGCACCUUCCACCCCGGUGGCUCCCUCUGCGCCAACGUCAGGCCUGUUGUCAAGGCAAUGCAGGGGGUGCGUCCCGUGCAGCAUGCUCAUGCGGUGCCCGGAGGCGGCAGAGGGAGAGGGCAGGUUGCCGCAAACGCUGCGCAGCAGUCCAUGGCCACGGGCAGGACGGUGGUUUGCAAGGAAAUCCCAAGCAAUGUCGUACCACAGGACCUGGACGAGGACGAAGAGACCCGGCAAUACCGUCUGAAGAUCGAGGAGCAGAAGCGGCUCAGAGAGGAGAUUCUGAAGAGAAAGGAGCUGAGGCGACAGAUGCAGGCCGGCGUCAGGAAGAAGGAGCUCCUAGACAGGAUCAACACCCAAACUUCAACCCAAAGCCUAGCGCCUUCACAACAUCCGACAGCCCAGCAAAACCAGCUGGCUCCAACCGUCCAGCAGCACCUGCUGGUACCGGCGCCGCAGCAGCCACAGGAACAACGACAGCCUCCGCAGUUGCAACAGCAGAGACAAAGACCCCAACAGUCAUUCAGUCAGUCGCUCGGUAAUCCCAAUGGCGCGGCUCAGGUCCAAACGCUUCGUCCCCAUGUCAAGACGCGCUUGCAGAUGGGAAAAGGAAAUAGCCAACAGCAACAGACUCUCACGCCUGGUCCAGAACAGCAGUGGAUGCAGACCCCACAAAGCCCUCUGCAGCAGCAGAGAAGGACAAGCGGGCCGCCGAAUGUAAACAAACCUGGCGCUCCGAACCAGUUUGCUCAGAUCCCCCUAAAAAACAUCCCAGUGACUCCUGCCCUGGGGCCUGGCCAGCCCCAGGCUCAAGGUCUUAAAUCUGGGGGUAAAAGAACGGUGAUGCAGCGGGCCAAGCUCGCUGACUGUGAAGGCCAACAGGUGCCGCAAAAAGUCAGAGUGGUCAAACUUUCCGGCGGGCCUGGACAGAGCCUGGAGGCCACAGGUAUCCCAAUACAGCAGCAGCAGCAGCACCACCACCACCAAGGCACCUGGCCGGACAACCCUCUCAGGCAGGGCAUCCAAAGGAAGAUCACCAUGGGGGGACAACAGCUGUACGGUGCGGGCGGAAUGCAACAGGUGGGCCGAGGGAGCAUUGGCAACCCGCAGCAGACCAGGGUCGUCGUGCCGGGCCGAGGAAGAGGGGUCGCUCACGUAGGUCGAGGAGGUCCGGUGGGCGUCUGGCAAGGCCAGAGGGUCGGCGAGAAUCAACGGCGCACCGUCACCAUCGAGGGCCUCUCGUCAUCCACCACUGAUGUGCAGCUGCAGAGCCUUUUGAGAUCCAUCGGCCCAAUAGAGAUGUUCAGAAUGAUACCUCAGCAAAGGAAAGCAAUUGCCACCUUUUCAAGUCCCCAACAUGCCGCAAGUUUUCAAAUGAGCUUUCAUAGGCACAUGAUUGAUUUGUCCCACAUUGAUGUGAAGCUGAUUGACGGAUGAGGGAAGCGCCCUCAAAUGCGAGGAGCUCCACUGGUCUACACCCCCCCCGCCCCUCCACACACACACCUCCUCGACAUGGUGGCCCUCCCCCGGCGCACUCACAACCUCCAAACCUCGCCGUGCGAUGCGUUGCCUCUGCCAUUUUGGGGUCAGUCAGCCAUCAUGUCUGCAUGCAGGUGUCGUCCUCGGAACUUGGAACAAUACGACACUAUGCAGCAUGCUUGAUGACCAUUGUCCAUAGUAGGGGAAUGACACGGGAGACACAAGUCUAGUUUGUUUUUGUACAGUACACAUGAACACUAAGACACAGGAUAAUGGUUGCUCCCCUGCAUGGGAACGUUACUUCAUAACAUGCAAUUUAUAUUCAUAAAAAAAGCUCACUUGUUCGUCCAGGCAGAGGUUGUAGUAGGCCGUGCUUGUCUGUAGAUGGCAGCAUCGUAUCACUUAUUUGAAGCGGAUAGGUCGAAUACCAGUGUUCAGUGGUAAAUAGGCCUUUAAAUUGAGGCAGCUCCAUUCAUAACUGUCUCUCUCUGACCAACAUCGCGCUCUUCAGUUUGGUUCCCUUUAUUAACUAUGACCAAGGGCUUCUUUUAACUGACUUUCCACCACAGAUUUCAUACCUUUUGUGAUGUAUAUUUUAGUUACUGAGAAAGGAACCGUCAUUAAUUGAUAUUUUUUAAAAUUGGCUGGUGUUCAUUGUUGGUUUUCGGUCUGCGUUUCUUUUUUUUAUUUUAAUAGUUUUUAGGAGUAAUGUAAAAUGAUGGGAUGUUGAGUAUUUGUCUUUGUAUGCUUUCGCUUCCUCCUCUCAUAAGUUUAAACAUAAGUGCAAGAAUUCCCCCAUUUCAUUUACAUAACAUAGCACUCUGAAUACUUGAGUACCCUCAAGUUCUGGGUAUUUUGCGAGUCAGAAUAAAUAAGUUUAUAAUGAACGUCAUCAGGAAGCUUGAGGGAUCUUCCGGGAAAAUCAUCUUGAUGCACUUUUUAACGUUUUGCUCCCGCCAUAUCAUUUAACACUCUAAAUAGCAAAUGUCUGGCAAAAUUACAAACGGCAAAUACAAACUGCAGUUUUAAACCUGUAAGUGUAAGCUUUAUAAUUUACUCUGACUUUAUGUACCAUUCAACCUCAGUUUUAUUCCAUAGUCUUUAUACAAAUGUCACAUGGAAUUUGAGGGGGGCAACCAUUAUCCGUGUAGAAAUAUGAUGUACAUACCAGGACGUUGUCCCACAGAAGCGCUUUGUUUGGCGUUGCUAACUCGUGUGCUGUGUCAAGUGGAAGGCAUUUUUAUGUAAAAUGUCCAGGCGUAACUAUAUUUUACUAUUAGUUUGUGUCUAAAUGACAAAUAAUGACCGCAUCUCUGUUCGUGAUGGGGGCGGGGGGAAGGAUUUCUUGAGGGGAAAAUAAAAAAGAUGGCCAAUAUAACCGUGAACGAGCGGGUAUGUGAAGCCGGUUGAACUUUAGAGUGUGUGACGUCCAUGUUUGUGCUGCGUUUUAGCAGGUAGAUGUCAUGUAUUUGUUCUCUCUCAUGUGUUUUCCAUAUUCCACAUUGCUUCUUUUCACACCACACAUUAUGGGUAAUCCUCAAAUCAACGAGGACUUUUUAACCUUCUGACAAGUACCUACCUCACAAAUUGUCAGGGGAGUGCCACUGAAUUUUGAAAUUAUUGAAUUAUUAUGAAAUAUUAGCAAGACGUGAACGGUGGUAUAAACAAUCUCCCAAGAUUUUUUGGCUUGGGAGAAAGUGAAGAUGGCUAGUUUUGUUAGUUCUUUUGAACGUUACACACAGUAAGCAGCAAGCAGUUUAUCUCGUCCGGGAAUGUUCUAUAUAUUUUUGCGGUAGGAUUCUUUAGUCAGGGCUAAUAGUGGUGUGAGACUUUGUCCUUCCGUCCGUGGUUCAUUACAUACUGUAAGCAGGAGGCACAGUAAAACGGGGUACAUACAUACCGAUAAUUAGAAAAUUUUUCGUGCCUUGUGAUUUAAAUCCGCAAAGGCCUGAUUAUUGGAUGUCUCCGAAAGAUUAUCUUGUGGUGUCGGGUGUGUUGUGAAUGUUUUUGUUUGUUUGUUUUUUUUCCCCCCUUCCCUGUCUGUUCGGAAAACAGUCAGGGAAAUUUCAAUUGUGACGUAAAACGUAAUAGCCAAUUAAGAAGGUAGUUGCUCGAAAACUCAAAAAGUCAAGCGUAUUCCAGUUUUUCUCCGUUGUAUUUUCCGACUAGUCUAGAUUCCGUGUGGCACCAUGCUGCCUCUCAAAGGUCAGUCUUGGUACUACGACUGAUAAUCACAAUUGUUGAAAAUACAGUAAAAUAUCGUUGUGUGUGGUUUUCUGUGUUGGUCAUCCUGAGUACACCACACACUAUGAGCAGUAAGAACAUGCAUGUGAUUUUCUUUCUCAUGUGUGGGUCUCUCACAUUAUGUUAAAAAUCACUAUGUAUGUACCCCGCUUUAAAGAUCGUAUACUCAACCAUUGCACGCUGACCGACUGGGAUGUCGCUAGUAACCACAAGUAGCCAGCGAAUGACUUCCUGUCUCUUUGCUCUUCCCAAUGUGAGCGUACCUUUAGCAAAAGUUAAUAUAUAAUCAGUUGGCUUUAUUAAUUUAGUGGUAUUUCCCCUCAAUUACCAAAACACACACAAAUGCAAAAAGCCUUAAUUCAAGUGCAGCGUAGUCAAAGGUGUAAUGAACACAUUUGAUGUGGAUUGUGCAUGUGAAGCUUGACUUGUGUAUUUUGUCAUUUUUGUUGUCAUGAACUGACACCUUAUUUUUUACACUUUCUAUUCUAUUUAUUUUGAGUUAAGCAGAUAUUGCAAAGGUUAUCUUUUGUUGUUGUUGUUCUGUUCAGUGUUUGUGCUAAAUCCAGUGGAUUUUUCUUUUUUAUGAUCAAGUACUGACAAUGCCAGUCAAGGGAUUUGAUAUGUAAGACAGACCUUGUAAUGCCAUAAGAUUCACAUUGAAUCUAUUUGUGAUUCACAUUUAAUCUAUUUGUAACUUGUUUAUCGAGGUAUUUCUACACAUGAUGCACUUUUAUUUUAUUUUUUAGGUGUUUCACUCAGAAAUCUACCUCGUAAGGUUUUUGAAACCAAAUAUUUAAAUUGUUACACUUUGUUUGCACUGGCAUUGGCUCUUAAAUGUUUCGAUAAAGUGUUUUAACUUUUUUUUUUUUUUUACAGGGCCUUUUGAUGAUCUGGCAGCAUUUUGCUGAAACAUUAAUCAAUUUUUAUUUCUUUAGGUCACUACAUCUUACAGAUCCGCAGCCCUGAUGGUCUUUCAGAUUCUGUAUUUCCUCAAAUAGUGGCCCUGACUCUAAUAGAUGCCUCCUUUUUUUUACCUUGGGGGAAUAACUGUAACUAACUGUGUUGUUGACACAUUGGCUUUCGUGAGCCCAACUCUGUUGCUAACCAAAACAGCAGCAGCUAUUGAAGCAUGUAAACAGUGUCAGGUGAAUUAGUGAAGUAAAGAAACACCCCCCCCCCCCCAAGCCACUAUAUGAGGAAUUAUGGUUGUCACUCAAUGCAGUGUUCAUUUAAAAAAAAAAAUUAUAUAUUAACAAUGGGUCCAUUCCGCUGACACUUGUUUGUUUUUUAACUCAAAUUUGUAUUCAUAUUUUAGUUUCAAAACGUGCUGUAAGAUGUGCAACUACAAAAUCGGAAGAGUUUGUCUUAUUUAAACAUUUAUUUGAGCUGUUUCAUAAAUUAGUAUGUAGUAUUUGACGCCCCCACUAACAGUGUUUAUAAUUCCCAAUAUGAAUAUUUUAAGUAAAUAUACCACAAACUAUGAUCCCAAAACAGUUUAUCAUUUCAAACUAAUCUCAUAACAUUAAAUAUAAGUAGCUUUGAUUUGGUUUCAAAGAAAUGCACCAGAAGUGCGCAUGAAAGAACCGUGUGGAACAGUUUUUCAAAGUAUUAAAAACACUUUUUUUAAUUAUUAUUUUUAAUCAUUACCUUAAAAAAUAAACUGCUAAUAAAUAAUUUGAUUUUGAAAAAUCCAUCAAACGCGCUUCUACUUGCACAUACGGCGGGGAGACUGUAAUUUCCACUAACCACCCAGGCUUAAUUUAGCUCCUCCCUGAUAUGCAAAGAUCUGUCUCUCAGUCAACAUGAAUCACUUCAACAUACUUGACACCGUUUUCUGUUUAGACAGGCGCCGUCUUGUCGCAACAUUAUUGAACAUGAAUGAGUUUUUCAGCCGACAACACAGGAUUGGUUUCGAAAAUACCCAGAGAUAGGCAAUUUAUGAUUAGCAACCCUUGAAAAGAAAAAUACAUUUUCUCAUAAUAAACAUUCAUUUGUUGUCUUCCGCUUUUCAGAGGUCAGGUUGCGGGGGCAGCAUCUUACAAAUAUAAUCUCAAAUGUUUUACUUGACAGUCGACCACAAAACAUCAAAUAUGAUCGCGAGUACUAAAUUAGGUACAAGGCAGACGGGAAAAAACAGGCUGCUUUGGUUCAUUGUUGUCUUUUAAAAUGUAACUAUAAGUGGUUUAUUUGAUUUUAAUUAAAAAAAAAAAAAAGGUUCAAAUUAGUUUUGCUUGAGCUUGUUAUGACCACCCGUGGCCACAGGUGUCAUCAUUUCCUCACUAAUUUCACCUUUUCCCCUCAGCCUCUGGAAGCACUUCCCAUGUUAACCGUGACACUCCCUUUACAGCAAUGCGCCGCGACAACUGCUGUGAAUCGACUGUGCACUUUUGAAAAUGUCACUGCUUCACGUUUCUUUUCCUCACACAAUCCUCCCCUUUUCCUCAAAGCCGGCCUUGUUCAUUAAAGACUUAUGUAUCGAGCAGGGUGGCCCCGUCCCGGAGCGCCACACUGGAUAUGGAGCAGACUGGUUUACUCUAAAAGCCACUGUACACUUCUCAUACGAGCUCUUCACGCACUUUUUGACAUUCUGCGUUGUGGUUGGACAUUUUUUUUUCUUCUCUUUUUGUGAUGAAAAACACUGCACUUGUUACCUGGUGUAGUUGAUUCACUUUGUGGAAAAUCCAACUUGAGUUUUGGAGUUGAGCCGUCUUGCAUUGCGUGUUCAAACUGUGAUAUUUUGACAUUAUGAAAAACACCAAAGUUGUGCUUUUUUUGUGGAUGUCUAUGGAUGUCUGGUUAUUUUUCUAAGAAUUUUAAAGACAUGGAAUUGUUCAGUCUGAAAUCACAAAGUGGAAACCAAAGAAUUAAAACCUUUUGACAUG